UUUCCAGGUCACUUUCAACAUGGAGAGUGGAGCAGGAAGGCACUGGACUGAAGAGGAGGUUAAAGCCUUGCUAAGCGUCUGGUCAGAAAAAAAUAUCAGAAAGCAACUCCAUGGGACCUUACGGAAUAAAGGAAUAUUUAUUUACAUUGCUAAAAGGCUUCAGGAGUUGGGGAUCUGCAGAGACUGGAAACAGUGUCGGGCAAAGUAUAAAAACCUGAAAUAUGAAUAUAGAACAGUUAAAUAUGCCCACAACUCAGGAGAUGCUACAAAGACCAUGAAGUUCUUUCAUGAGCUGGAUGCCAUAUUGCAACAUAAACCUGUCACCCAGUUAACAGAGGAGGAGAACCGCAGGUGUUCAGCAAAUGACAUCAUAAAUGGCACCAAGGAGAACAAUGAAGGUGAAGUCUCAGUUACACUGGAAGAAGAGGAAGAUGCUCCUGGAAAUCCACUACUUUUUAUUUCCCACUGCAGGCCUAUUGAACUAGGUAAUCCAACAGCAGUAUUAGAUGCUUCCAAAAAUCUCCCCUUCAUUCCUUCUGUAGCAAACGAAGGAGGAAAGCAUUGGACUGUUAAUGAAGUUAGAGCUCUAAUACGUGUAUGGUCGGAAAAGAGCAUCCAGCAACAACUGGAAGGAACAGUGAGAAACAAAAGAAUAUUUGAACAUGUUGCUGCUAGACUACAAAAAUUUGGAAUUGACAGGGACUGGAAGCAAUGCAGAACAAAAUAUAAAAAUCUAAAACACGAGUACAAGAGUGUUAAAGAUGCCCAGUACUCAGGCAAUAUAAGCAAAAGUAUGAAGUUUUUCAGAGAAUUGGAUGCUAUUUUGGGACACAAUGCAGAGAAAACAAGCAGAUCUCAUAAUGACCACAAUGAAAAACCAACAGAAUGGAUAAAGACCACACUAGAAAAAAAAUUAAGAGGUGAAGAGGACUCCAUUAGUAAUACACCUGGAGAUACUAAUACAAGAAAAGUGGCAAAUGCAGUGAUACGCAGCACAGCACAGAGAGAUAACUCUGGGCAUUUGGAAAAACCCAAUUCCACACAUAGGAGGGAAAGUAUAAAAGAAGAAAUUAUUGAUUCAG